AUGAGUAAAAGCAGUGAAGGAUAUAUGAAAAAAAUUGGGACUGUGAAUCUUGACAAACUUAUAAAUGAUUUCUCACACAUAGAGAAGAAAAUGCUAGAAACAAGUGGAAAGAAUAAUUUACUGGGUAUUCAACUGGAAAAGUCUAAUAGUUUAUUAAAAAUAAUGCAAGCAAAAGAAGCCUCGACUAAAAAAGAAUGUACUACUCUUCAUAAUAUGAUAAAAGGGCUACAACAGACCAUUGAAUAUCAACACAAUUUGAAAGGAGAAAAUGAACAACUAAAAAGAAAUGCUGAUCUUAUGAAAGAAAAGUUAAAAUCCCAGGAACAGGAAUAUAAGAACAGUAUUACCAAACUUCUAAGUGAAAUGAAAACCAAAGAAGAAGUACAUAAGAUAGAAAUAAGCAAGCUUUAUCAGGAUUUACAAAAAAAAGUUGAAUUAAAUGACGAAAAACACAAGGAACUAAUGGAGAAAAAGGAAAUGGAGAUUUCAGAGUUAAAUACAAAAUUAAUUGCUCAAGAAAAUGAAAAACAAAAUGAAAUCAUGAAACUACAUGUAGAGUUUGAUGCCAAACUAGCCAGAGUUCAAAACAAAUCAAAAUCAUAUGCAGAUGCUGCUGUUUUGCCACAGAGUAUCUACAGAAGGAAGCUUCAGCAUCUUCAAGAAGAGAAAAAUAAGGAAAUUGCUAUUCUUCGUAAUACCAUUCGAGAUUUAGAGCAACGCCUUUCUGCUGGCAAAAAUUUUAACUUUAAGCAUAAACGUUUUUGAGCACCGUGGUAAAUUUGUUAGUAUUUUAAGCAAUUAAGAAAUUCACUUCUCUUUUCAAUAUAAAUACCCUGCCUAGAUAAUGAAAAAAGACAGAUGUAAGCUUUUUAUUGAAUUUAUUUAGACAAAUCCAUCCUACAUGCAGUUGUAUGCUACAUUCUUGCUUGACAGUAUUACCAUAAGGAGUUCAAGUUUACAAGGCUUAGUUUCCCUAUUAAACCAUCAAUGACUAUGGAAAUACUGUUAAGCCUUCACUAGACAACAUACUUUUCUUUCUUGUUACAUCUUUCAAGACAGCAUUCAAAAUUUAGAAGAGAGAUACAGUGUUCAAGAAAACAAGAUACAAAGAGUUUAUGACAGUGAAAUUUAAGCUAUGAGUCACAGAUAUAAAAAAGACAAAUAGAUGUUAUAAAAUGUAGUCAUAUACACUUUUCCUGCAAAGUAUUCAUGUAUUAAUUUUUUGGAUCUUAAGCAGAAUCCACUUCAUUGAAGGUUUAAUCAGCUAAAAUGGUAAGAUUUAAAAGAUAAAGAUAAUAUAUUUUU